AAACACACUCACUCACUUCCAGCUCUCCCUAAUUUUUCGUCGAAUUUGUAUAGAUGUCAUGUUUUUAGCAACCAAAUCCUAAUUUGGAAAUUAACUUUUCAAAUUCCAAUUCCCCCAAACCACCCUCCCUAUAAAUCCCUCUCAGAAUCUCCACAAAUCAAACACUAAUCCCCUUGUUUAAUCUCUCACCUGAAACGACAUGUCGGCCGAGGAGGAGAAGAACGACGCCGCGCCGGACGGGGAGAAGACGAAGAUCUCGCUCAAGACCUCCGAGGGCGAGGUCUUCGAGAUCGAGGAGAACGUCGCGAUGGAGUUUCACACCGUCAAGGCGUUCUUCCAAGACGAAGGCGUUUCGCGCGAAAUGGUGAUGCCGAUCCUCAACGUCAACAGCGCCGAGCUCGUCAAGAUCAUCAAUUUCUGCACCAAAACGCUAGAGCUCAAGCGCAAGGCCGAUCACGAGGAGAAUGCGAAGAAGGAGCUCCGGCUGUUCUACAAGGACUUCGUCAAGGACGAGACCACCGAGCACAUCAUGGAGCUGAUCCUAGCCGCCGAUUACUUGCACGUCGAUGAUUUGCUCGAAGUUCUGAACCAGUGCGUGGCGGAUCGGAUCAAGAACAAGAGCGUUGAGUAUGUGAGGAAGCUGUUCGGAGUCGAGAACGAUUUCACGCCUGAAGAAGAGCAGAAGCUCCGCGAGGAGUAUGCUUGGGCUUUUGAAGGAGUUGAUGAGGACUGAGCAAAUUUACUCUACAGUAAAUUCUAAUUGAAAUUGACCACACACAGAUUUUAAAAAAAAGAAAUGAAUUGAAAAGAAAGUUGCUAUUUUUUUGCCUUAAAUGGUGGAAUUAGGGGUAGGGUUAAUUUCUGUGAAGGUAAAAAUGGGGAAAGAUCGGUAGUGAAUGGAUGAAUAGAAGAAGAAUUACAGCUUAAAGUUUUUUAUUUUUUUGGGGUUCCAUUUUAAAUAAAGAAAUUUAAUUUUCUAAGUGCA